AGAUAUUCGUGACGUGUAAAUGUAAAAUAGAGAUUAAUGACAGCAGGCUACAUAUCUUUUGUCAAUCAAAUGUAGGAUAUGAUACAGAAAGCGGUCGAGCAGCGUACUGUUGCUAUAGCAACUUCAGGUGAAAACGAUCUCGCGAACAUUUAGCGUACAAUGAUUGACAUGUAAUCUUACUGUAGUGCAUGGUUUACGCAUUUAUAUACCUAAACAAAAAAAUAAAAAAAUGUUUUAAGACGCCUCCACCCCAACCUUAUUUGUUCCACUUUUACAUAGAUAAACAUAUUCUUGUCACAAGAGACUAAUAAAUGAUAAGAGACAUUGUUAAACACUGAUUAUAGCCUAUACGCAUGCAUAACUUCUAAUAUAGUAGGCUAUACUGUUACUAAAGAAUUACGAAUUUUAGACUACACAUUGUUCAUAAGAUCCAGGAACAUCAACAGGUCCGAAACUCUGGGUAUCAAUCUUGAUCACGCAUUAAAUUAUAACACUAUUGCGCUGCAAAGUUAUUUCUAGUUUGAUUAACGGAGAAUUUAAGAUGAGGAACGGAGAGCAUCUACGUGAGGAGGACUGGAACGUGCACUGGUACUCCCACGCGCCUCUGAUCGUUCAUUCAGCACCACAGCAACUGAACAGCGACCGCGGUGUGCACGCCAACGACGGGGAUGGGAACGCUUUAUUUUAAAUCCAUAUAGCAGUCGUUUUAACAUCAUUACAGAUCACAUUAUUGCGGUUUAUCCAAGCUCAUCUGGACGCCUCGCGAGUUAAUAUGUGGACGUCUGUUUACUGAAGGAAUAUCCGCUAUAACGGAACGUCAAAUGUGAUUUGAUCGAAAGCAACGCUCUGCUGUGUAACACUUUUUUAUGCGGUUCCUCUUCUGUCGUAAAUCAUGAAAUACUUUAAGAGUGUUUGUUGUUCUGAAAGCGCAAACAUCAAUCGAAGAAAACAGAAUAGCGACCACCUCUUGUCGAGGCGAGCGGUCCGCCACACCUGACUGUUUUUCUGCCUCCGGUUGUGACAUGAAAACUCGGACCAGAAAGAAACGGAUGAAAGGGCGAAGAGCUGCAAAAGGCCAUGUGGAUUUGAAAGGGAACAUAUCAGAUUGAAGUGGGAGCCCAGAACAACCCACAAGUCCGAUCGCGACUGACAAUCACAGGCAUGGGGACAGCAGAGAUCAAGACAUGGUCAGAGGUCUUGCAACCUGUUGUCGAUCCGGAGUAACGAGACAGAGAUCUGAUGUUGAUUAUAUCUAAAUGGCAGUGACUUGGGGGAAAACACGUGCUUUUGAUUGAUUUAUGUCUUGUUUCUUGAUUUGUGUUUCUUAAUUCAAAUACAUUUAUUAAUUUGAGAAGUAACUACAUUGGGCGUCUGGACUGGACAUGAGCUUAGAUUGAAGGUUUUUUUUUUCGGGAAUUUAAAUGUAUGUGUAUAAUUAUAUUUAUAUUAAUUAAAUUAAUAUCCAGCCAUGGGUUGCCUUCAGAGCGUCGCCUGCAAACCCCGAAUUAAACGCGAGAACAUCGUUGUUUACGACGUCUCUGCUACCAUUGACCACUGCCCGACAGUGAUCGAGGAGAAUUCACCCAUAGUGCUCCGCUACAAAACUCCGUACUUCAAGGCCUCCGCCCGGAUACUAAUGCCGCCGAUCCAUCGAAACGAGGCUUGGGUGGUGGGUUGGAUUCAAGCGUGCACUCAAAUGGAAUUCUACAACACUUAUGGAGACCUCGGCAUGUCAAGCUGGGAGCUGCCAGAGUUACGGGAAGGACUGGUGAAGGCCAUCAGCGACUCGGACGGCGUGAGUUACCCAUGGUACGGAAACACGACUGAAACUGUGACCCUCUCAGGCCCCACGUCCAAACCUUCAUGCUUCACUGUCAGCAUGAAUGAUAACUUCUACCCCAGCGUAACAUGGGCCGUACCGGUGAGCGAGAGCAAUGUGGCUUUGCUCACGCGGAUCAAACGCGACCAGAGCUUCACCACUUGGCUGGUGGCUUUAAAUAUGGCCACACAGGAAAAGAUCCUCCUGCAGACAGUUAAGUGGAGGAUGAAAGUAGACAUCGCUGUGGACCCCUCCAAGCCGCUGGGCUCUCGAGCAAGACUCACCGGCAGGGUGCACCAGGACCAGCCCAAGGUGUUGACUCACAUGGAGUCGAUCCCCCCUAAUGCUCUGGGCAAACCCAAUGCUAAUGACGCACAAGUGCUAAUGUGGAGGCCCAAGCGAGGACCACCAUUAGUGGUGAUCCCCUCUAAGUAGCAGGUUGUGGGAAAACUUGAAGGUUUUUAAAUCAAAAGUCAAUUUGCCUUAAAUCCACACCGCUGCCUUUGAAGAGAUACUUGGUUCUUGAAUGGCCCUGUAGUCACUUAAAGGAACAGUUCAUCAAAAAAUGAAAAUCUGAAAUCUUUUACUCACUCUCAUGUCGUUCCAAACCUGUAUGACUUUUGUUCCUUCUGUGCAGUCUAUUAUAUGAUAUAUUGUCCAUCCAGUGAAACAAAACACUGGAUGCCACUGACUUUAAUUGUGCAGACGAAAAAAAAAAAAAAGAAAAUCACUGAGACAUUUUUCAAAAUAUCUUCUUUUGCAUUCAUACAGGUUCGGAAAAAUGAUAGUUUGGGUGAACUGACCCUUUUAAUUUGAUAUUGACACUAGCCUUAAAACCUCAGACUCAAGUAUCAAAGAAAAGAAACCAUAAUUCUGGUAUACAUAAAUGGAUACUCCACCCAAAAAUAAAGAUUCUGUCGUUAUUUAAUCACCCUCAUGUCAUUCCAAACCUGUAUGACAUUCUUCUG